GUGGAAACUACAACUCACCGCCUCCCGACCUCUGCCCUGGAUGUAGUCGGCAGCAUAGCGGCGGAGCUAGGGAUGCAGGUGGUGGUGUAGGAGUUUCCUAUCUCAAAUUACAAAAAUGUCUGAUGACGAAGAUGCUCCGUUGCCUAAGAAAUCUCGGAUUUACUAUGGAAGCCUUGAAGAGAAGGAGCGAGAGAGGAUUUCCAAAGGAGAUGGAGGAUACCUGGGAAGAGAGGCAGUGAAAGCCGGAAUAGAAGCUGGGCACAUUAAUGUAUCUAAUAACGAGUUCUAUGAUGUCGAAGAGCAUGUCAGUGAGAGGCAGGCUGAGGUGCUGGCAGAGUUCGAGCGCAGAAAACGAGCACGGCAGAUUAAUGUUUCUACAGACGACGCGGAAGUGAAGGCCUGCUUGCGAGCACUUGGAGAGCCAAUCACGCUUUUUGGUGAAGGACCAGCAGAGCGACGAGAGAGGUUACGCAAUAUCCUGUCUGUGGUGGGUGCUGAUGCCUUAAAGAAAACAGAAAAGGCGGAAGAUGUGAAAAAAAGCCGACAGGAGCAUCAGCAAACCUGGUAUCAUGAAGGCCCCAGCACCCUGAAGACCGCUCGUGUCUACAUUGCAUGCUUUUCUCUGCCAAGAGCUGUGAAGAGACUGGAGGAAGCCCGGGCUAACAAGGAGAUUCCAGAAGCUUCACGAACUGCACGACAGCAAGAGCUCCAUAAGAGCUUGCGGGCUCUAAACAACUUCUGCAGCCAGAUUGGUGAUGACCGACCCAUCUCCUACUGCCAGUUCAGCCCCAACUCCAAGCUCCUGGUUACAGCUUCCUGGAGUGGACUCUGUAAGCUGUGGGGUGUUCCUGACUGCAGCCUUAUCCGUACACUGAGAGGUCACAGUACAAAUGUGGGCGCCAUUGUAUUUCAUCCCCAGGCCACCAUCUCGCUCGAUGAGAAGGACUGUAACAUGGCAUCAUGUGCAGCUGAUGGCUCAGUGAAGCUCUGGAACCUGGAAAGUGAUGAACCAGUAGCUGACAUUGAAGGGCACACAAUGCGAGUUGCUCGAGUGGCAUGGCAUCCAUCAGGCAGAUUUCUGGGUACCACAUGUUAUGACCACUCAUGGCGACUGUGGGAUUUGGAAGCUCAGGAGGAAAUCCUGCACCAGGAAGGACACAGCAAGGGUGUUUACGACAUUGCCUUCCACCGUGAUGGCUCGCUGGUGGGAACUGGUGGCCUGGAUGCCUUUGGACGGCUGUGGGACUUACGUACAGGUCGAUGCAUCAUGUUCCUGGAGGGACACUUGAAGGAGAUAUAUGGGGUCAGCUUCUCUCCCAAUGGAUACCAUGCAGCAACUGGAAGUGGCGAUAACACCUGCAAAGUUUGGGACCUUCGACAGCGAAAAUGCAUCUACACUAUCCCAGCGCACCAGAACCUCCUGUCAGCAGUCAAGUUUCAGCCCACAGACGGACAUUACCUGCUGACUGGUGCCUAUGACAAUACAGCAAAGAUUUGGACGCACCCUGGGUGGUCACCCCUCAAAACAAUGGCUGGGCAUGAGGGCAAGGUAAUGGGUUUGGACAUCUCUCCGAACGGGCAGCUCAUUGCUACGUGUUCUUAUGAUAGGACCUUCAAACUCUGGACAUCUGAGUAGACAAUGGAACAGAACACUGACUUACUUCACCUGUAGCAGGAGAAAAGAGAGAUGCCAUCUGGUAAUUACAACACCAGACUACUGGCAGCUGGCCACCAGGUUCAACAACUCCAAACAGUGACAUACCCAGUUGUCAAGCAUGAGUUGCCAUGGUCAUCUCGGGAUCUAUUUGGUCACCAUGUGUUCUUUGUUUGUCUUGGUGAUUGACAGGGCUAUUGAGAAUUGUUUAGUUUUUGGGCCUUCCCAACUCCUCAUAAAACAGAGCUGAUUGGUUGUGCAGCAGUUUGUGUAAAUUAACAUGGCCCAGCUCCAAAGGAGCAGCAUAACCCUGAUAUGGAACAGAUAUGAACAAGAUCUUCUCUACUUGUAAAAACAAACCCUUGAGAAGAUUGUGUUCUUCCUGUUCCUCGCUGCUUUCUCAUUCCCAUUGACAAUUUCAAAAAACCAUCAGUAGAAGCACUGAUUCAAAUCUGGCACGCCUACGGUCAAGGUCAAAGGUUAGCUGAGCCUAGCAGCACUUUGCAAGCCUUCAAUCAGCUUUAUGUAGUUCUUGGUUGCCAGCGUAACAGAGUCCAACUGUGUCAACAAUGGAAUUUGUUUGUGCGUGUGCAGUAUUGUAUAAGCCACACGGGGAUGAGGCUCUCUAGCAAUGCUUUUAUAAUAAAUAUUUUGGUAAAUAAAUUUUUCAUAAUUUCUGUA